AUGCAGCGGAAGCGCCCCGAGCGCUGUCAACGCUGUGGGAAGCGCUUGCAUCAAGAGCAUGUGUGUGCAGCCAAGGUUUGUAGUUGGAUCCGAUGCUUCUCUGCUACGAAGUUUCUUCUUAUGUGCUUACUAUUACUGCUCUUCGUCCUGCCGGUACACGCAAAGCGAACCAAAGCAGAAACAACGACUCCAGCGUUUGAGCCCGGCUUUGAAUACAUAACGUACGCCUCAGUGGUGAAGCUGGAGCACCCGCUGACGGGCCUUCGACUGCACUCCCAGGAGGUUGCGUACGGGACAGGUUCGAAGCAGCAAACCGUAACUGCAGUCGAACGACACCUCGAUGAUGAUCGUGCGCUAUGGUUGAUCAAAGCUCCCCAGCAAAGCGGCGGGCGUUUUUUCGCGGAGUCGAAAGGCAUGCGGCGUGUUCGUUGUGGUGACCUCAUUCGACUGGAGCAUGUGGUAACGCGGACGCAUUUACACAGCCAUCGUUUGGCAUCACCGUUGACUGGCUCCCAGGAGGUCAGCGCAUUUUCGCUGUCCGCUGAGGGCAGUGGUGACUCGGGGGAUCACUGGCAAGUUGAAUGUAUCUCGAAAGGGGCGGUCUUCUGGGCUCGCAACGAGACCGUUUACCUACGUCAUGUUGAUACAGAGACCAUGUAUCUUUCGGUUCUGGGGGAGCAGCGUUAUCAUGAUCCUCUAGAGAAUCACGCUGAAGUGGUUUGUUUAGAGCGCAAAUCCAUUCGACAACCUGAGCUGCGAGCACAGUGGGUAGCAUCGGAGGGUUUCUUCCACGCGUCUGCCGCAGUUGAAUCAUGA